UCCUGAGCGUUUCUACUUCCGGUUCACGUGACGCAACGUUUGUGUACCCUCGCCACACUUGCAGUUCUUUCGUCUUCCGCUCUCUUAACCAAACGAGCUCCUUCAAAGCACUCUCAUCGGUGUCCCACAGACGUUACCGAAGAAGACCUUCACCCUGAGAAGCACAAUCCCCCUCCACUUUAAACAGGAGGAGGCGUCGGAGAUGUUGUGUAUUAAACAGGAAGUGGAGCCAGACACCCCCUACAUUAAAGAAGAAGAACAGGAAAAUGAAAUCCCCAAGUUUCCAGGGACCGUCAGUGUGAAGAGCGAAGAAGAUGAAGGCCCAAGAGAAGAGAGCGAACCAGUGAAACAAUUGAAUGACUGCUCAUUUCAGCACCCAACAAAAAAAGGAGAGGAACAAUCGCAACCGGAUGACCUAUCAGCACCGCUCUCGGACAGCGACGACGUAACGUCACACUCUUCUGACACUGACACAAAUGAGGAGGAUGUUGACUUUGACCAAAAUGCUUUGAAAUCCUUAAACAAGUCAACAUUGAAAAGAGAGGCAAAAGAAUGCGUGUUUGGGAAACCUUUUCCCUGCACACUUUGCGGCAAAAGAUUUUCACAGAAGUCUCAUUUAAUAACGCAUAUGCGUACACACACUGGAGAAAAGCCUUUUGUUUGCAAACUUUGCAUCAAAAGAUUUUCUCUGAAGUCUCAUUUAAUAGCCCAUAUGCGUACACACACUGGAGAAAAGCCUUUUGUUUGCACAUGUUGUGGUCAAAAAUUCGCCGAGAAGCGAAAUUUAAUCCAGCACACAGGUACGAAAUGCGGUGAGAAGCCUUUCGCCUGCUCACUUUGCCAUAAAAGAUUUUCUAAGAAAACUAAUAAAGAAAAGCAUAUGCGUACACACACCGCAGAAAAGCCUUUUGUUUGCACAUGUUGUGGUAAAAGAUUUGCGGUAAAGAGAAAUUUAAACACACAUGAAAGAAUACACACUGGAGAGAAGCCUUUUGGCUGCUCACUUUGCAACAAAAGAUUUUCUCAGAAGUCUAAUAGAGAAAGGCAUAUGCAUACACACACGAGAGAAAAGCCUUUUGUCUGCCCGUGUUGUGGUGAAAGAUUCGCCGAGAAGGGACAUUUAAACCAACACACAAGCACACACAAAGUCAAGAUUUUCACCUGUUCACUUUGCGACAAAAGAUUUUCUCGGAAGUCUAAUAGAGAAAGGCAUAUGCGUACACACACUGGCGAAAAGCCUUUUCACUGCUCAGUUUGUCAUAAAGGAUUCUCUCAGAAGACAGACAAAGAAAAGCAUAUGCGUACACACACUGGAGAAAAGCCUUUUGCCUGCUCAGUUUGUCAUAAAAGAUUCAGUAUCAAGAGAUCUUUAAAGAAACACGCAAGAACACACACUGGAGAGAAAACCUUUUAGUUUCUCACAAGCAGUGAUGUCACAGAUUACUUAAAAGUAAUUUACUGAUUAAUGAUUGCAUCUCAAAAAAGUAAUGUAGUUAUUUUACUGAUGACUUUAUUAUCAAAGUAACAUAGUGUUUUCUGAAAUUUCCAGGUUCGCGGUGAAUCAGUAACAGGCACACUUUUGCAAAAUAGACAAUGUUUAUUGAUUAGAAAAUGCAGAAUAAAUGAGAUUUAUUGAUUACAAUCCCACAAGAGCAAGAAAACAAGUAUCAACAAAUGUCAACGAUGACGCUAGAUUUGAGUUUGUCAACCCCAGAAGUUACCGUUACAGCAAAACGAAAUGUCC